CAUUCUAUCCAACAAUGUAUGCAACAACGAACGCAUGACAGAAUGCCGAGACAAAAAAAAGGCAGUCGUAAAACCAAGAAGAAGCGUCUGUCAGGAAACGACGGUGAGGAUUUGCUGAAAAUGAUCGGUUUAUCAUCUAACCCCGACAAAAAAUACAUGACCAAUGAGUCCAUAAACCUUCUCGAGGAGAUCGGAAGGUGCUAUACUGAAACUGGGCGACACACUGGUGAAACUGAAGGGGAUAACCUGUUAAUGUUGAUCGGAGCUAGCUCAGCAGAUCAAGCGGUAAAGGCGGUAAAUUGUGCCCCCGACCCCUCAAGUAUUAUCGCUCAGGUUCAGGCCGACGCGCUGGCACGGCGUAAACAAACGGAAGAGCAAGAUCACGGAGGUUAUCCGCAAGGCAUACGUUAAAAACUGGCAAAGCAAAGGAAGUAUUUCUUGAGACAUCGACUAGCCUCCAAUAGGUGUAUGGCUACCAAUCAGCAUUUCCUUCACAUGGUUACUCACAUGUUACAGAAUUACUCACAUGGCCAUAAAUGUCACGUAAUAUUUGUGAGUGAUAUAUAGGUAUAGGGAACCUUAUCGAAUGGACAAAAUCCACCGGGUAUACGUCUUCUAAAUUUUGAACUUCCUCAUUAAAAGAAAACUUCAUUCGGCACUUAGCUCUUACUAACAGCGUUACGAGUGGUAAAUUCAGGUAUGCAUCAGUGAUAAGAUGAGCUAAUACAGUUUACAAGUAAACGGAAAUUUACUUCGACACUUGAGUUCAUAUCUUGUACGACUAGCAAACACUUCAAUAGGGGCCAGUGAUCCGUUCUUUUUCAUUACUUAAUGCUGGAAUCGACACGGCAUCAUUCACACUUCACUGAACUUAUUCUUACGAUGCACAGCUGGAAGUUUUUAUCUAUUGCAAGUAAUGUACGGCAUUAAAUAACUGAAAUUAGAAAACAGGAGAUGAGACCAUAGGUGUACAGUUAUAAUGAUGAUGAUAAUAUAUAUGCGAAAACGCUGUGCAGGCAGCAAAUGGGACGUGGAGCCUUUAGUAUAGGCCCAGUACAAAUCCGAUAAAUGGGCUCACCUUAGCACGAUGUGAUUAUUUUAUCGCAUAGUUUCGAAGCCGCCAGCCAUGGCUGACGCGUGCACAACGUCUCUACGAUGAAAGCCCUUGUAGUGCAACAAUUUUAUUCGCUGUCUAUGUGCAAGCUUUCGUCUCCGAUUCCUUCUUCUAAUCGAUGGCCUCUGAGCCUUCGAUUUGUACGUCUGUGCAUAGUGACUUCGUUGCUACCGCUACAGCCAUGGAAAAACCACUUCGUAGGUCCAAGGCCGUCGUCCGAAAGGGGAAUGGAUCUCGGCUACCGAUGUUGAGGUCUGGCGAGCAGCCAGGACGCUAGCAAAAUAUAUUGGUACGUAGUGGUAAUGUAGUUAAUCGCUAUGAAAACCAUCUUUUCCGCCGCAAUAGAUUGGCGCGUCAUAAACGAUAUAUAUACUUCCGAAAAUAGAAUUUAUUGUGUUAUAUCGUGUUUUUCCUAUAAACCUUACACAUGUCCAUAUGUACUUUUGUGUAGGGAUUCGUAGACAAUCCAUUUAUGUUAUUUUAUAACACCUGCACUAAAAUUUACCACUAAAUGCAUUGUUCACUCAAAAAUAUAAAAAACUAAAAAAAUGCUUCGUAGGGCUAUA